AUGGCCACCGCCACCAACCCCAACCCCACCAUCACGCUCACCCCGCGCGAGGAGCAGCUCAAGACGCUGCUCCUCUCGGCCGCACAGGCAAUGGACGCGGCCGAACCGGCCCGCCCCCGCCUCGUAGUCCGUUGGGCGGGCGGGUGGGUGCGGGACAAGCUGCUCGGGGUUGGAUCGCACGACAUCGACACGGCGCUGAGCGCCAUGACGGGCGAGGACUUUGUGGACCGGCUGCGCGACUACUGCGACGAGCCGCGGCACCGCGCCCGCCACGCCCUGCUGCCCGACGACGUCGGCCGCCUGCACACGGUGCCGCGCAACCCGGACAAGUCGAAGCAUCUGGCGACGAGCACGAUCAGGUUGUGUGGGUUGGAUGUGGAUUUUGUGAAUUUGAGAAGGGAGACGUAUACCGAGGUGAGUAGGAACCCCGUGGUGGAGUUUGGGACCGCCGAGGAGGAUGCCCUGCGCCGCGAUGCGAGUGUCAAUGCGCUGUUCUAUAACCUGGGCACGGGGCGGGUGGAGGACUUUGUUGGCGGGUUGGCGGACUUGGAGGCGGGGUUGAUUCGCACGCCGCUGGAGCCGUUGCAGACGUUCUUGGAUGACCCGCUGCGGGUGUUGAGGCUCGUGAGGUUUGCGAGCCGGUUGGGGUUCAGGAUCGACCCGGCCGCGGAGCAGGUUAUGGGCGAUGAGAGGGUGCUGGGGAACUUGAAGGUCAAGAUCUCGAGGGAGCGGAUCGGGGUCGAGCUGGAGAAGAUGAUGAAGGGCAAGCAACCCGUCGACUCACUCCGGCUGAUCGACAGGCUUGGGCUCUACCACGCCGUGUUCACGGACCCUGAGCGGUCGGGCAUGCCCAAGCCGGAUACAGCGACCUGGAAAACCGCCUACGAGUGCCUGGAGCAGCUCGAGACGAACAAAACGCCCGGCUCCAUUUACGACCUGCUCGUCACGAGCGAGGAAGCGCGGUACUACGCCUGGUCGCUGGCAACCCUCACCCCCUGGGAGCAGCUGCCGGAUGAUCCGCCGCUGAAGUCGGGGAAACCUGCGCUGCCGCUCCCGACGCAGGCAGCGAGGGAGGGCUUCAAAGCACCCAACAAGCUGUCCGACCUCGUCACGGCCGCACACCGUCACCGCCCAGCCAUCGUAGCGCUCAGGGAUAUGGUCCGGGAGAAAAAGGAGGGCCUGAACGAGCGGGACCGGUUCGGCAUGGCCAUCAGAGACUGGGAUGCUCGCGGUGGAAAUUGGCGGCUGCAGGUACUUUACGCGGUCUUGGUCGACGUAGCGGAGCGUGUUAAAGUCGCAAAGAAAGUGGGAGACUUUACCUGGGAGGAGGUGCUAGCCGAGUGGCAGCAGUUCCUCGACCACCUUGUGGAGCUGGACGUCAUGAAUGUUCCUACAAUCAAGCGUCUCGUUGAUGGAAAGAUAUUAGCCAAGGCGUUGGGGGUCAACCCUGGGAGGUGGACGGGUCCGGCCUUGGACGUUGCGUUGGCGUGGCAGUUACGGAACCCGGGAGUAGAAGACCCAGCUGGGGGCAUCGAGGAGGUGAGGAAGAGGAAAGAGGAAUUGGGCAUCCCCUGA